GGUGUUUAUAUAAGAUCGUGCCCGUUUGCUAAUGCUACACAAUAAUCUAAAUGAAGUUUUUGAGAAUGUCCUGCUGGGGGUUUUUGGUCGCUCUUCUCCUGAGUUUGUUUAGUGCAACUCAGGCCACUGCAUCCAACUGUGAGGAGCUCACCAAACCUCUCAUCCUGAAACAUGACAACAAAAGUAUCAUGGGUAAAUGGAUCUUUCUUGAAGGGAUAGCAGAUCACCUUUUGUUCACAAAUAUCCUGAAGACUGUCAACAGCUCGUGGAUCGAGUUCAGACCCAGUGCGUUUGAAAAUACUGUCAUCCUCAGUCAAGGGAACAUGCUAAACGGCAAAUGUGAAUUUAACACCAUUAACUCAACUGUUAAAGACGGCAGCAUUUAUGCCACUCACAACGAGACAUCAACAGAGGGCAAAUUCUUACCAUCUUGUUCGGAUUGCAUCACCAUGAGCUUUAUAAGCAGUUUCAAAAAUGAGACCAUUAAGUCGCUCUACUUCUUUAAAAAGGACAACAAACCAAAUGAGUUUGAUCUGGCCAUGUACUGGAAACAAGCUGAGUGUCUUGGAUUCAGAAGAGAAUCUCAGUACUCGUAUGAUGGUGUAACAGAAUUCUGUUCACCUGACCUGAAGAAUAUGGAAACAUCUCACCAACAAUAAAUGAUGUAAAUGACAAAAGUAUCAUUUAAAAAAAAUAUUUUCUGAAAAUGUUAUUUUAUUAAAAGUAACGUAGUUAUAAGAAAUGAUUGUUGUUUUUGUUUUCAUGCUACAUAAAAUAUUUCAUGGUUUAUUCUGUUAAAAACUAUAUUCACAUGCACACACAUUCAAAUAAACAAUCACAAAUAAACGACUCAAGACAUGAAUAGUUUUAAAUGUGAUUACCAGCAGGGGUCGGUCUCUCUCUCUCUCUCUCUCUCUCUCUUCUUCAUGAUAUAUGAUACUAAAAAUGUUUAGAUAGCGAGUAAGCUAAGGUAUUACACCCCAAAAUAUAUUGAAACCAUAAUUCACAAUAAACAAGAUGAUUAUUUCUGUUCAA